UUUUCAUUCUGCCUAUUACGAAUAAAAUGAGAAAAACAAUGUUGUUCUAUUUUUUUGAUAUAAUUCCUUAUAUGGGAAAAAGGUUUUUCGAAAUAGGUUGCAAUACUCAUUAUUCCAUCGAUAUGUAUUGUUGCGCGUAUUAUGGUAUUAGCGCUGCACCCAAUAAAUUAAUGUCGGCGCGACUUCACCUCGCUUAGGAUUUCUAGUUCAUUUCCUCAACCUUCUAAUGGCUCUUUCAGGGUCGAAGGAGUUCGUCGAUAUGCUGCUAGCUCGGGAAUUUACAAGUGCUGAUGAUCAGGUACUUAUUAUGAAUGGUUGUGAUGUUAGUGGACAUAGUUUUAAAGAGAAUGGUUUCGCAAAACCCGUUUUGGUACGAUCAAAAGACGGUCUAAGAAUUAAGGUCCCGCUAGACUCAUUCUCUCAUACAGAUUUAACCAGGUUUAUAGAUCCUAGUAUCCAGGUUGAUGUCAUCGAUGUUCGUCAGCAAGUCGAGAUACAAAUGACGCUCCAAGAACUGGUUGACCACUUUUCCUCACCUCGUCGACAGGUAUUGUUAAACAUGCUGAGUCUGGAGUUUUCAAGAACCAGCCUGGCAAAGUUUGUACAUCCUCCGCAUGUCGUUUCGGAACUUAGUCUUGUCACAACCUGUUGGCCGGAAGAUGACCCUAACGACCUUAAAGAUGUCGAAUUUAUCGGCGAGACUGCACCAACUGUCCAGAAAUACUGUCUUUUAAGUAUGAAAGGCAGUUAUACUGACUUCCAUAUAGAUUUCGGUGGAUCAUCUGUCUGGUACCAUGUUAUGUGGGGUGAAAAAGUGUUUUACUUGAUGCCGCCUACACCCGAAUUCGUUUCUGCUUAUUGGCGAUGGUGUAUGAGCAGCGAUCAUAGGGCGACAUUCUUCCCGGACUUUGUUGCUAGUCUUCGGGAGAAAGAAUCGACUAGUAACGUAAAUAGACCCACAGUUUACUGCCUUCACAUUUUACCCGGCCAAACAAUCUUCUUGCCAUCUGGUUGGAUCCACGCUGUUUACACGCCUUCUGACUGUCUAGUUUUUGGAGGAAAUUUCCUGAGUGGAUUGCAUGUAUCUAUGCAGCUCAGAAUUUAUCGCAUGGAACAAAAAUGUAAAACUCCAAUGAAAUUUCUGUUCCCUAAUUUUGAGAAGGUUCACUGGUUUUAUAGCCAAUGUCUCCUGGACAGACUAACUAACAACUUAACUGAUGGCGAAAAUCCCGUUAUUUUCGACGUAGAGGCGGCUGAAUGCUUGGCUAAAGUUCUUCCUUUGUGGUAUUCUAAAAGACAUAUGCUCCCACCAGAAGAAAGAGAUUACUUUCUUCCGAAUCAAAGUCAGUUAGACAUGUUAUGUCCAAGUCUCAUUGAAAGACUGUCUGAGGUCGUAAAUUCAAUAUUAUCACAUUCAACGAAAAACUCAGGUUUUUUAGCAGAUUAUUCCAAAUCAGAAAUAUUUUCAAAGCAUUCCAAAUCUAAUGGACGAGCAAUUGAAAGCUGCUCAAAUGCUAAAAGUAUAGAAUGUUUGAACCGUGAGUUAGGUAAGGAAACUAAAUGGGAACUUAAAGAUAGACAUAUUGGAGGUCUAGGCUGGAUGCCAAAUAGACAAACUUAUUCCAAAAAUUUACGUGAACCAAAGAGCUUGAUAAAAGGAAAUGAGAACGAAAAACAUGUGAUUACUGAUGAUGUAGAUAUCCUUGAAGCACUACCGGGUUUGGAAAAAAGUCGAUUAAUCGGAGACCAUUAUUAUUUGACAUUAAGUGACUCAGAAGGUGAUGAUGGCGACAACGUUAGGAUGAAAUCAAAAGCCGAAUGUUCGCUAACAAAAAAACAGAAGGGGAUAUCUACUCCAUACCAAGCAAGUAGGAAGAGAAAAACUAAGAAUAAUGAUGAUGAUCCAACUUGGAGUAUGCCUAGUCCUACGCGUCGCAGGUUUGGUACAACUGAAUGGAAGUCAAAGAGUUCAAGACUUGUUGUUUCUAAUUUAAAAAGAGAUAAGAAGUCAUUGCACCCUCUACUCAGUGAAGUGAAUCCAUCAUCAUCAGGCUCGAGUGCUUUAAAACCCAGAGAUUCUUCAACAUUGCGUCCGCAUAUGACAGUAAAAACACAAAAACCACGAACUAAACGCAAUACAACAGUUAGACAACGUCUUGCUAAACGUUUAGGUAUUUAAUUCAUUUUAGCAAAGCAUGGAUGUUAUUUAUUUACAUAUUGUCUAUUUGUAUGCUUAUCAAUUACAAGUUUACUAAUAUUAUUCAAUACUAUCAGUGGUAACUCUAAUUUUAUACUUUUUUCUACCUACAUAUAUAAAGUGAAUUAUUUGGACCGUAUAGAUUUGUAAAAUUUAUUUCCUCUCUACUAACGAUAUCUAUAUACAUGUAUACAUAUACACACUCAUGUUAGCAAUUCUUAUCCGAAUGUAGUAUAAUAUGGUCGUGAUCUAAGGAAUUUUUCAAAUAACCAGUUUUAUUAUUGUUAUUACUAACUGUAGUAGCGGUAUUACUAUUAACAAGUGCAGCAUACUUAUCAUGCAUACAAUGACCUUUUUUUAACCAUAUUUCAAAUAGUUCUUCUGAGUUAUUUUUUAUUCUUAUUUGUUCACUAAUAAUGCCAUUCAAUUUGUGUCCCAUACUUUUAUCUCCUUAUUUUAGUUAUAUUUUAAAUUUGAGAAAUGUAAACUUUAAUUGCAUUUAUGUAUAAUCAUGCUGAUUAUGAAAUAGUUAAAUAACUGACUGUUUCCCUCCAACUUCAUCCAUUUCUUCGUGUAAUUUCAUUAAUUCCACCUCAUCAUUAUUCACAUAUCUCAUCCUCAUUUUCUCUAGAUCUCCAGGAUCAUUCAUGGAAUAUGUUUUAAAAGGUA